ACUACAAAACUUCAAACAAAAGCUAAUUUCUUCCUCUUCGAUCUCUCAAGCAUCAUUACAUAAACAAAUCCUAUUCUUGUCAUGGCAGAAAUAACCGCGGCAGCAGUUCCAACAACUGGAUCUUUCCAUAAACAAGAAGAGGAGUGGUGUGCGGUUCUGUCUCCUGAGCAGUUUACGGUUCUCAGACUAAAAGGCACAGAAUUUCUUAAACGAGACGAAGGAGAGUUUACGAAAUUGUUCGAGGAAGGGACUUAUAGUUGUGCUGGUUGUGCGGCUCCUCUUUAUAAAUCAACAACUAAGUUCGACUCCGGUUGCGGUUGGCCGGAGUUCUUCGACGCCAUCCCCGGUGCUAUUAAACAAACUGUAAUCACUUGACUCUUCUCUAUAGUUUUUGGUGAUUUAACAUUUAUUUGACGUUUUUUUAGUUUGGACCUAACUGAUACAUUGGCUUAACAACAUGAAAAGUACUUUUUGUUGUUUUUGUAACACAUGUUUUCGGCUUUUUUAGCGUAAGAAUUUUUAUAGAAC